UGCUCUGGUUUAAUUUGAAGGAAACCGUGCUGGGAAUUGAGGGUAUGAUGCCUGCUUUGGUAGCACUAGCCAAUCACAUAAAUGCAAGGUCUUAUUCCAUUUUUCAGGAGAAAAUAAGUAAACCUACUGUGGUGACCAAAAUCACACUUUAAAAAUCUCUGCCAUUUUUCACUGCCCUUUAAUCCCCAGAAGACAGAGGAGGACCAUGAGCAGGAACAACCAGAGCAGCGUGUCUGAGUUCCUCCUCCUGGGGCUCCCCAUCAGGCCAGAACAGCAGGGCGUGUUCUUCACCCUGUUCCUGGGCAUGUACCUGACCACAGUGCUGGGCAACCUGCUCAUCAUCCUGCUCAUCAGGGUGGACUCCCACCUGCACACGCCCAUAUACUUCUUCCUCAGCCACUUGGCCUUUUCUGACUUUUCUCUGUCAUCUGUCACUGUCCCAAAGAUGCUAAUGGACAUGCACACACAGCAACAAUCCAUCCCCUAUGUGGGAUGCAUUUCUCAGUUGUAUUUUUUCAUACUUUUCGGUGGUGUUGACAAUUUCCUUCUGGCAGUGAUGGCAUAUGACAGGUAUGUGGCCAUCUGUCACCCUCUACACUACACCACCAUCAUGAGGAAGGGGCUGCGUACACUGUUGGUGGCUGCCUCCUGGAUUAUCUCCUGUGGCAGUGCCCUCUUGCACACCCUCCUGUUGGUCCGACUGUCCUUCUGUGCCAACAAUGUCAUCACCCACUUCUUCUGUGACCUCACUGUGCUCCUGAAACUCAGCUGCUCAGACAUCUCCCUCAAUGAGCUGGUCAUCUUCACUGAGGGAGGAAUGCUCUCUUUCCUGCCUUUGGCUAUUGUUUUGGGCUCAUAUAUCCGUAUAGGGACCAUCAUCCUGAAGGCUCCCUCCACUAAGUGACUCUUCAAAGUCUUCUCUACCUGUGGCUCCCAUCUCCUUGUGGUGUCUUUAUACUAUGGGACAUUUGCAGGUGUUUACUUUUUGUCCUCUUCGUGGGAUUCCAAAGAUGUAAUUGCUUGGGUCAUGUAUAUGGUUGUUACCCCUAUGCUGAACCCCUUCAUCUACAGCCUGAGGAACAGAGAUAUAAAGCAGGCCUUAGAAAUGUUUGUCACCAGAGUUAAUGUAUUUAAGUGGAAAUCACUAAAUCCUCUUACUGCAGUCAGGAGCAGAGUGAGGCACAUGUCUUAACACUAUUGUAAGGUCGACAUAUCCCCACAACUUUAACAGAAUAUCCCUUGUGCGAUCAUGUAUUAGUGUUGCUAAUAAGUCAACGAGGUCAGGUUUGAUACUGGGAUUAUUUAUAAUUCUUUAUUUCUAAUUAACACUUUUCACUUCAUCAUCUCUUAUAAGGUAUGUGUCUGGCAUGAGAGCAACAGUUUGAAGGCAGC